CUCCACAUUCUCAAGAGACAUUCACGCGAGAAUCUCCGGAGAUUCUCUGCGAGAACUGUAGCGAGAACUUCUUUGGGUACACACUCUCACAAAGUUCUUAAAUAGUUCUCACUACAGUUCUCGCGUUCGAUGACGAUGGACGCAGAAGUAACCGCUGCGACAAGUUUAUUGUUAUGCGCAUUCGCAUAUUAUAAUUAUGCGUAUGCGAAAGAGAAAAAAGUUAUUAAAAAGAAGUGGCGAAAAAGAAGAUGGUGGAUGACAAGUAUUCAUCGUAAUAGAACAAGCCUAACUAUGGAUCAGCAGUUACAUGAAUUAGUGGCCGAACCAUCAAAUGAAUUUAAAAAGUUUACUCGAAUGUCUUCGGUGGAUUUUGAAUAUUUAUUGAAUAAAGUGUCAACACAGAUUUCUAAGCAAAAUACUCAAUUAAGGGAAUCCAUUCUAGCUCGGACACGUCUUGCAGUAACAUUACGAUACUUGGCCACAGGAGAUGACUACCAAAGUCUUCAUUUUUUAUUUAAAAUAUCCCCACAAGUUAUUUCGCAGAUAAUACCAGAAGUUUGUCAAGCCCUAAAUGAAGCAUUAAAGGAAAAUAUAAAGCUACCAUCGUGCCCCGAAGAAUGGCUACAAACCGAAAAAGACUUUGCAUUGAAAUUCAAGCGUGCUGUGGGAUCAAUAGAUGGCAAACAUAUUGUUUUAGAAUGUCCCAUAAAUUCCGGAUCGGAAUAUUAUAACUAUAAAAAAACAUUCAGUAUAGUUUUGAUGGCGUUGGUUGAUAGUCACUACAAUUUUAUUUUCGCAGACAUAGGCUGUCAAGGCAGAAUUAGUGAUGGCGGAGUUUUUACUAACACAGUUUUAUGGUCAAAAGUGCAGACAAAUGACCUAAAUUUACCACAACCACAUCCGCUGCCUGGUGCAUCGACGUGCCAUACAUUUUUUUGGGAAACGGCGCUUUUGCCCUUUCGGAAAACAUUAUGAAACCCUAUUCUGGAAAUCACAACUUGGGAUCCCCAAAACGAAAGUUUAAUCAGAUUUUGUCUGGAGCACGAGUAGUAGUUGAAAAUACUUUCGGCAUUUUGGUAACAAAAUUUAGAAUUUUCAAGAAACCAAUAAAUUUACAACCCGAAAAAGCCGCCUUGAUAACGUUGACAUGCAUACUCUUACACAAUUUCUUGAGACGAAGCACUACAUCAUCACACAUCUAUACACCUUCCGGAACUAUAGAUACUUAUGACAAUAAUAAUUGAUUAAUAGAGCCCGGCUCUUGGAGAGGAGAAAUGGAGAGCACCUGUGCUAUUCGAAAUCCGCGACAUAUUCCACGGCGAGCGGCUCAUCACGCAACAGAAAUAAGAGAUGAAUUCGCUAAAUAUUUCAGUAGAUAGGUUAUGUACUGGUUGUCAAUAGACAUAAGUUGAUUGUACUAACUAAUAAAGGAAAACUUGCUGUAUCG